UAUAAAUACUAAACUGCAUAAGAAAACUUGCAUAAGAAUUGACUAGACAGACAACAAUGGCUUACACAAGUUUUUUGAAGUAUGCAAUUUUUGCAACAUUGAUGCUCUUUAUGAGCACUGCAUCAGGAGAACAUGUAGAUGUUUGCACGAGAACCCUCUAUCGGAGAGCAUCAACACUGACGAGUAUCUCAGAAAGUUAUAGUGUGGCUUACAGUUACUACAUUGCUUGUGGCUGGUGGGGGGUACAAAGAUGUAGAAGAACUGGUUACAGUCCUGCAUACCGCACAGCAUAUAAAACAGUGUACUACUCCGAAGAUUAUGAUCAAUGCUGUUCAGGAUAUAUUGGAACUGCACCACAUUGUCAGCGUGUGUGUCUGUCCCUGCCCUCAUACGUGUCUCAUGGAACAGUGAUAGUUAACUCCACUUUUGUUGGUGGCACUGCCGUGUACAGCUGUAGUCCAGGAUAUAGAGUUGAUGGAGCAGCUGUUCUGACCUGUCAAUCAGACAGCAGCUGGAAUAACCAAGUUCCAACUUGUAGACGUGUGUGCUCUGUGCUUGAUGGGAUUGCGGAUGGUGCUGUCAGUAAAACUGAUGGGGACUUUGUUGGGAGUGAGGCAAGCUAUUCUUGUAGCUAUGGAUAUGGACUUGUUGGAGGGUCAACACUAACUUGUUUGAACAGAGGAGAGUGGAAUGGAUCACCUCCAACAUGCCACAAAUUGAUCACGUGUCUUCGUCCUGAUGAUCCGACCAAUGGUUCUGUGACUUGGAAGAGUGUCCACAACGAAGCUUUAGUAGGCAGUAUCGUUAGUUACAGAUGCUCGGCUGGAUAUGCUCUGGUAGGGUCUGAUUCCAGGACCUGUCAACUGAAUGGAACCUGGACCCAUUCUGAUCCUCAGUGCCAACGUAUCUGUCCCACACUGAGAGCACCACGCAAUGGAGAUAUGAAUGUCUCAGACUAUUUUGUGGCUGGAACGGCUAAAUUUGCUUGCAAUGUGGGCUUUGAAAUAGUCGGGUCUGGAAAAAUCAUUUGUGAAGCUGAUGGCCUUUGGAGCCAGCCACCUCCAGUCUGUGAUCCUGUGUGCUCUGUUCUCACUAAACCUGACAAUGGCAUCAUCGUGAGUGAUGGACCUUACUUUAUUGAGAGUAAUGCUACAUUCACUUGUGAGGACGGGUUUGGAGUUAAUGGAGAUGGGAGCAUAACUUGCUUGUCUGAUUUGACUUGGAGUGGCAGCUCACCAACUUGCGACCGUGUGUGUGGGCCUCUGAAACAAGUUCUCAAUAGUACAUUGACUGUUGACUCAUAUUUUUUCGAUGGCGAAGCAACAUACCAGUGCAAUGAAGGCUUUAUCUUCAAGUUGUCAGGAUCCCAAACAGAAAGCCACCUUACAUACUGCUGUCUACAUGAUGACAAUUCUGAUCACUUGCUGGAGUGGGUUGGUGAUUAUGAUGUGGUGCCCGAUUGUGAACGUAUCUGUCCCACAACACUGAGAGCACCACGCAAUGGAGAUAUGACUGUCUCAGACUAUUUUGUGGAUGGAACUGCUAAAUUUGCUUGCAAUGUGGGCUUUGAAAUAGUCGGGUCUGGACAAAUCAUUUGUGAAGCUGAUGGCCUUUGGAGCCAGCAACCUCCAGUCUGUGAUCCUGUGUGCUCUGUUCCCACUAAACCUGACAAUGGCAUCAUCGUGAGUGAUGAACCAUACUUCAUUGAGAGCAAUGCCACAUUUGCUUGUGAGGACGGGUUUGGAGUUAAUGGAAAUGGGAGCAUAACUUGCUUGUCUGAUCUGACUUGGAGUGGCAGCUCACCAACUUGCGACCGUGUGUGUGGGCCCCCACAACAUGUUCCCAAUAGUACAAUGACUAUUGAUUCAUACUUUUACAAUGGCAAAGCAACAUACCAGUGCAAGGAAGGCUUUAACUUCAAGUUUUCAGGGCCCCAAACAGAAAGCCGCCUCACAUACUGCUGUCUACAUGCUGAAAAUUCUGAUCACUUGCUGGAGUGGGUUGGUGAUCAUGAUGAUGUUCCUGAUUGUGAACCUAUUGAAUGUUCCACACGUCGUUUACGGUUGAGAUAUGGAACGGUUUCCAUAACUUCACACUACUAUGGUGGAAUUGUUACAUAUAUGUGUUUUGAUGGAUACGUACUAACUGGACCACAAAACAGAAGAUGUUCUAAAAAUCGCAUAUGGGAGCCAAGGAUAAAUCCAUUCUGUACAGGGGUUCCUGGUAACUGCAGUAUUAAUCAAUAGCUAGCUUUUAUUACGUAUUCAAUUAUUUCAGCUGAGCCCAACACUGAAAGCCCUGAGGACGUUCCUGAGUGAGCCGGAAAAUAAGAAGUAUAUAACAAUCUGACUUGAUGUAUGUAGCUACUAUUAGUUACUGACGACUAUAAUUAUUUGCUGAUGCUGAUGCUGAUUAUAAUUUUAAUUUCACUCUUGAUUUUGCUUAUUUGUGAUCAUGCAUACUGUCAAGUUCUGAGUUUAUAUAAGUUAAUGAUCUUUACACAAACUUUA